AUGGAUGAUAUCCCGGUCCAUGUGAUCCUGACCAAGGUGGACAAGGUAUCCGAGGACGUAGCUGACGACCCAUCUUUGGUAUUUCACAGUCCUGUGAUUGAAAAGAAAGUGAAAGAAAUCGGUGAUGCAUUCGGCAUACAGAGUAAUCACGUCCAACCCGUGAAGAACUACGAGUCCGAGACCUCCAUUGACCCCAGAUUGGACAUCCUUGCAUUUAACGCCCUCAAACAGAUGACUGGAAGUGCCGAGGACUACAUUGAGGAUCAACUACGUAUAGACAACAUGGAGACCAACACCAAAAUCUCGAAGUUGAAUAUCACCUUGCCCUCUUGCACAGAAUGGAAACGAUUCAACAGCACUAGCGGCGUCUAUUGGGUUGACCCAGAUGGCGGUGGAGGUGUGGCCGCUUUCGAGGUGUAUUGUGAUAUGUCAACUACACCACCCACUGUGACCUUUCACCAUGAUUAUGAAGACAGGACCCACGUCAACGGCCAUGAUGGUGCUUACUCGUACUCGAAAUCGUUGGCGUACAAAAAUUACCACAGCAUUGGGUGCUGGACAGAUUCUAACCCAAGAGCCAUUGCCACACUGGAAGGUUCGGACUCAAAUCUUGAUGGCGCUUACAGUACAAGAAGCAACCCAAUUUACAAAUGUUACCUAGCGGCCAAAUCUCGUGGCUACACAUAUUUUGCUGUCCAGGCUGGCGGCUGGUGUGCUUCUACUGCUACUGCUGGCGACACCUAUGAUAAAUACGGACCUUCAGGUGCCUGUAACAGUGACGGGGAGGGAGGAGGAAUGGCCAGUGAAGUUUACAAAAUCGUUGAAGCGAGUGUUGACCAAGUGGCGGCAUACGUGGAUUACGUCGGUACAAGCUGCUCACAGUAUAUAAAAUACGAAUGCUACCAUUCGCUCAUAAACGGCUACGGUGGCUGGUACGAUCGACAUGGACAGAAAGCGCCAUUUUGGGGCGGAGGCGAUCCAGACGGUACCUCUAUCAAUUGCGCAUGCGCACAAGAUGGAUCAUGUGCAGACUCUUCUAAGGAAUGCAACUGCGACAAAAAUGACAACGUUUGGCGGUCAGACGAAGGAUACAUCACAGAGUCAAGUUAUCUGCCGAUAUCCAUGAUUAAAUUUGGAGACACUGGAGGAGGAGAAGAAGGAUAUCAUACUGUUGGGCCUCUCACUUGUUACGGAUGAACACGACGUACCCAGCUUCAAUUUGGAUCGAUAUUUAAAGAUAGGCCUACAUAACAGGCGAAGGUACAGAUUUGUG